AUGGAAAGGAGAGUAAAUUACUAUGUAAUAUUUCUCCUACUGGGUCAAUUCCUCUGUUCAGGUUCUAGUAGGACAGAAAAGGAAGCACUUGGACAUGUGAAUGUACUAGGGCAUGAAGGGAAACAAGAAUUCACUACACCAAUUUCUACAACCAAAAAGGAUAUUACCACUCCCAUCACUACAAUUCCCAACUUAGUUCCCCCCACUCCCACCAUUUCAACACCUCCAUUCCUGAAUCCUAAUUCCAAUCCAGACACAGUCUCUCCAGCUUCCACAUUCCCAGUAACCACUCCAACCACAGUGAAUUCCCCAAUGUCUUCAGGUGCAAGCUGGUGUAUUGCAAGCCCAACUGCCUCACAGACUUCUUUACAAGUUGCAUUGGACUAUGCCUGUGGCUAUGGUGGUGCUGAUUGUUCAGCAGUUCAACCUGGUGGAAGCUGUUACAACCCAAAUUCUAUCCGUGAUCAUGCUUCUUAUGCCUUCAAUAAGUAUUAUCAAAAGAACCCUGUUCCAAAUAGCUGCAAUUUUGGGGGAACUGCUGUCAUCACUAGCACUAACCCAAGUACUGGGACAUGUCAAUAUCCAUCCACAAGUACUAGUUCAUCGGUCUUGAACACAACAAACUCAAUUGGUGCCAACGUUUUUGGCUCAGUGCCCGUGCCCACGAACCCAUCUCCCUCUGCUGCAGCUGACACAUCAAAUAGCUUUGCAGAUAUUUGUGUAAUUCUAUGGCUAAUAUCAAUUUUGGAAAAUAAUUAUCUCUAAAAUGGAUGCGAGUAAUAUAUUGCUGC